AUGGCAGUCUUCUUUGUUUGGUGCAUGGUGCAAGCUGUGGAACAUUUCGACUACUCUAAGUACAAGAAGUCGUACAAGAUACAGGCUGUCGUCAACUGGUUGAAGAAGCACGGUGUAGACCUGAGCAAAAUGGACUGGUCCACCAUCUUCGCCACUUUUCGAGGUCAGCUAAUGGACACGUUGACUGCCGUCAUUGCCUUCUCAGAGGGCAUCGUGCUAACAUCGCUGAUGUUCUUCUUCUGCUUGUAUGCGAUGCUGCCGAACCCGCACGACAAGAGGAGGCGCAAGCAGGGCAUCAAACACCUCAUGCAGAGCUAUCUUCUGUGGAAGACGAUCUCCAGUGCUGUGAUUGGUGCCGCUGUCGGCUUCUGCUUGUACGUGAUGCGCGUAGACUUGGCCUUUGUCUUCGGUAUGCUGACUUUUGUGCUGAACUUCAUUCCGACGCCCA